GUAAACAACAAAUUUGCUUUUGUUUUGCUAGUGCUGUUUUCAUUUCUUUUUUUUUAAUUCAAAAAACAAUUAUUUUAAGGCAAUGGCUAGUUGGACUCGAGUUCAAACGCUUAAAUUAUUAGAAGUGCUACAAGACUAUCCAAAUUUAUUUCAAAUUUGUCACGCUGACUAUAAAAACCGCGUUAAAAAGUCACAAAGUUUAAACGAAAUCGCGGAGAAAACAAAAUGUUGUCGGCCGGAGACGUCUGUGAAAGAUGUUAUUCUUAAGCUUAGAACGCUUAAAACGCAAUAUUUAAAAGAAAAAAAUAACAUUAUCCGUUCAAAAAGAAGUGGUGUGGGUGCAAAUGAAGUGUAUGUGCCUAUAUUGUGGUGCUACGACAGGCUCAAUUUCUGGGAUAACACCGGUGAUGAGGUUGUUGGAGAGUCAAAUAUUUCAUUUUUGUCGGAGCAUUUUGAUCCCACAUCAUCGGAAAUCAUUGCUGAGCCAGAGGUACACAGCUUACCAAAGACAUCUAGAUCCUUACAUACAACAGUUCCGGUAGGUUAA